AUAUAUUAAUGUUAUUUUUGUCGUGCCCGCCGAGUCGUGUUUUUCGGUAUGCUCGGACGAACACUAAACAGCAGCAGCUAGUUUCAGUUUGGCGCCCACGCGAUCAGCUACCACUGCGAGUCACCAAGAUAAUAUAUUAUAUUAUAUAAAACUAAUAUAUAUUUUAUAUAGAUUCAUAUCCCCGUCAGUUAACUUAUGAGCUAACCUAAACGAAACCAAAAACCUUUUUACGUCGAUACGUAAUAAAUUAUUUAGCAAAUUAUACAAAUCGUCACUUUUCGUCAAACCUGCCAUUAUGAAGCGAUCCUACACCAUAAUCUUGAUGGCCUCGCUGUCCUUAAUAACAACCGAAGCGGCUCAUAUGAUAUACGCUCAAAACUGCGGUAAAGAAGAAUACAACCGGUGUAUCGCUCUAGCCGAUCCGCUGGUAAAAGAUCCUCAUUUUAUCUAUCCUGGAAAUCUAAAAGACAUAGAUAACAUAUGCCGCACUUGGACGCUGUUCGUCGAUUGUACAAAGCGGUACACUGAACACUGUUUCGAGGAGAGCAAACGAAAAGUAUUUAACAAAGCCGUUGAAAACUCUAUCGAACUGGUCCAUCAAAUGUGCACGUCGCCUCAAUACCAGACAGAAUAUUUGAAGCAUGCGUCAUGUUUACGAACUACGCUGUUUGACGAUUCGCGUUGUGGGAAACACUAUCGAUCUUUGGCCGGAUUCAUUUCGAAUGAGACCAGUGGACCUAGCAUUUGUUGCACUCACCACAGAUUUCGGGAAUGUGUGCUCGACCAAACACGAAGGACUUGCAACCAAGACGACGAUUCCUUUACACAACAAUUGUUAGAUAAAGCGUUUGGAUUUUUUCGCAACCAAUGCAUAGAUUACGUGCCCAAUCAAGACGAAUGUCCUGGUUAUGAAUAUUAUAACGUGAUGACCACCAAUCGAUGGCAAGACGAUAAGGGUAAGGGAUCACCUAGUCCCAGCCAGUGGCCUUCGACAAAACGGCAGGACGAUUGGAGACCUGAGCAUAACACAGGUGGUUGGUCCGGUGGACCGUCAACGGCAGCCUCGGGCAGCGAAAGGACGAGCCGUGGGCACACCGUGCAAGCCGCAUCGUUCAGCACGCCGACGUGGCAAGUGUCGGCCGCAGGUGUCGGAGGUAUCGGUGGCGGUGGCAUCUCCCCGUCGGCUCAACCACCCACCAAGAAACCAGACAGUACCAGUUAUAUGAGUAACGUGAUCGAUGAACCCAACCAGCAGGGCCUGGCCCAGACCGGUGCUGGACCGGCGCCGAACGCGCCAAGCGCCGCAACCGUCGCCGCCGCACUGGCGUUAUUGGCACUCGCGAAAAUCGCCACAUAAUAUUGGAAAAAUAUUUAUACAAUAUUAUAUAACAUAACACUAAUAUUGUGCGCUUAAUAAUAUUAAAUCGAUAAUAUUUAAAAUAAUAUUGUUAUAUGAAUAUAAUAUUUUAUAUAUAUAGGACGCCUCGAGAAUUACGGUUUAUUACUGUUAUUAUUAUUAAAAUUACUAUUAUUGUGCACGAUCGCGAAAAAAAUAUAUCUUAAACAACACAUAGCUAAUAUAAAUGAUUCGUUAUAAUCUGUAUAAUGAUAGGUAUCGUUCAAAACGGUCGAAUAAUAUCAUAUUAUCCUGGCACCACCAGGUGAGUUUUUAUUUGAAAACACUCAUAAUAUUAUUUCAAAAACUAAAUUGUCUGUACCUACAUGAUUUUUAGUCGUUACAACAAAAAAUAAAAUUUUUUUAACCAUUAUGAAUAGCAAUAAUAUACAUUUAAAAUUUCAUAAUACGAAAUAGAGCAAUAUUAUUUGGAAUAUUUCGAUACAUAUGAAUGAGUAGUCAAUUAUACAAAGUUAUAAGUAGGUAUAUGACGUUUUUAUUAGCGUCGUAGUGAACUGACAUAUUGUAGUGGUACCAUGCAUUUAUCAUUCUAUUACUAUCUGCUUAUCUAAAAUUUAAAGAGGUACUUAACUCGUAAAUUGCCUGUUUGAAAUUAAAUUUUAAUACAUAUAGUUAGAUGGUUUAAAAAUGUAGUUGUGUUAUCAUUCAAAAAAGCCAACACAUAAAAGAUAAUAGAUUCUAAUUUUAUUUUUCAAAUGUGUUGUUUUAUGACGAAUUGAUUUAAACUUCAUUAAAAAAUAAUAAUAAAUGAAAAAAAUGAUUUUGAAAUAAUAACAGUAUAUUUUACUCUUUAUGAUCAAAGAAUCAACCUACCGGAAGCAUAAAGUAUAAUAUUUGCAUAUAUUGUUAAAUUACAAAUCUUAUAUAUUAAUUGCUCUAACUCGUAUUGUGAUAAAACUAAAUACAAUUAAAAAACUACACUCAUGUUAUCUAUACACCAUAUAGUUUAAAAACGUCAUCUGAUUUAUAGUUCACACAUCUAUCAUACCGAUGUACUACAAUAUUAUAAUAUGUAACAGAGGCGCAAUUAUGUGUAUAAUAUUAUGGAGGCGUUGGUGCUGUAGAAAGCUUCAUCCUUCAUCAACGCCAGAAUCAAAAUCACAGUUAAAAUUCCAGCGAUAAUUUUUAAAUAAAAUUCAAUUUGUUUUAAUAAGUUUUGUUACAAAUUAACACCGAAAUCCUUUAUAAUAAUAUGAUUUAUAAUACAUUAUUUUUAAUGUCUCGCCAGAAAAAUAAAUAAAUAUAGUUGAGCCCUGCACCAGUUCUAACGACUAUACGUAUAAUACUAUGUCAGUAUAAUAUAAUAUGAUUAUAAUAAUUUAUCACAUUCUAUUAUACUUAAAUUGAUGUACCUAAUUACAAUUUGUAGGUGUAUACACAUCAUUUAUUCGUUCCAAAGUCAUUAUAUUAUAUUAUAAUAUUGUUUUACAUAACAUUAUCUUUUUUUUUUUUAUUAGCGAUCACACCGUUUACCACACGUUAUUAUUUAUAGUUAUGAUAUUUGUAUUGUGUUAUGGCACUAUUAUAAUGAUCGAAAUAGUGCAACGAGUAAAAACUUUGAGAUGUGAAUUAAUGAAUAGCUAAAUUAAAUUACAGUUAUUUAUAUUAUUUAAAUAUAUUAUUACGUAUACAGCAUACACCUGUAUGCAAGGCCGUAGAAUGUUGAUAUUAUAUUAUAUAUUUAUAAAUUAUUUCAGCGGCGGAUUCUAUUUUUUAAAGGAAAUUAAAUCAGGAUAAAUUAUAAAAAUAUUAAAUUAAAAUAUUCACAUCGCUCGUUUAUCACCCUCGUGGACUCGUUGUCUUCGAUCACUGUAUAUCAUGUGCACUUUAUGCGUUCUUUUGAUUGUCUCUUGACUCUAAUCUAUUUUUUUAUUUGAUAUUGGAAAAAUCUUCGUUUUCUGUACUAAAAAAUAUUAUUUUUUUAUUAAUUUUAUUAUGAUAUACAUACGAUGACCGUCGGCCAAAUAGUUUGACCAACCUUAGUUUAUUUGUGUAACGCAAGUCCGAUAUCUGUUUAUAUUAUAAUAUUAUAUUAUACGGCAGUAAUAAUAACUAAUAACUAUAAUUAUUGUAAUUAUUGUUAUAAUCAUGCGUGUAUUUCCAUCGAUGGUAUUGAAUAAUAUAAUACAUUUAUAUACUAGUCAGUAGUCACAAAAUUAUACACACGUGUUACAAUAGCGUUUAUUAUUGUUAUUAUUAUAUGCAUACCUAAUUAUUCUGUGAUGUUUUUACAAUGUAAAUGAUAUUUACCAUAAACGCAAACAUAUAACAUUAUAGGCUUAUUGUUUUUUUUUUUUUUAUGAUAAGUAUAUAAACGUUCGGCGUCUAACAACAUUUAGUUAUGAUAUUGUUAACCAUAAAUAUAAUUUAUAUGUAUUUAAGUACCAAAUAUCUAUGAUAUAAUAUAUGCACAUUGGUUAAUUUAUAAUCAAUCAAAAACAUAUUUAAACAUUGGUCGACUUUAUUAGACUUAAGUGAUUAUUUUUUUUUUCAAUUUACUUUGCUAUACAAGUAUACUAUAUACCUAUAGUAUAAUAAUAAGUAUAUUUAUUAUUAGGUAUACAUUUUUAAUUUUUUUAAUAUACACUUAAUAAUAAUAAUAUAUAGGCACUAUUAUUAUGACAAUUAUUUUUUAUCAUUUUUGUUGUUUUUUUUUUUUAUAUAACAUAGAAUAUAAUAUUAUUUUUGAAAAAAAAUUCAUUCGAUCACUUUUGAUUUCAUCAGUGUCUUUAUACCAUUGUCUAUCCAACUAUACUUGAUUUAAGACAACACACGUUCUAUAAUACCUAUAUAAUAAUUUUCACAUAACAUAAUAAUAAUAGUUAAAUGAUUUAAAAACGAUUUAUAAUAUUAUUGCAACUAUGUAAUAUGCAAAGUAACGUGUUUUGUUUUAUGAAGCGCUAACCACAAUUUUAUAACUACUGAGAAAUUUCGUGGUCACUAUUUUAAUAUUCAAUAAGUAAAAACGAGUAGCAACUUUAAUAUUACUCAACGACCACCGUUAUAUUUUUUAAUACCCAUAAAUUAAUUAAUACUUAUCGUAAAAUCUUAUUUUUAUUUAUAUUUUUAAAUAUUAUAUUUUAUAAUUUACAAAUACUUUGCAUUGUGUAAACUCGUUUAAGAUCAAUCUAUGUAAUAUAUGUACUGGUGCAGUUAAUAAAUUUCAACAAAUAUCUUGCUA